AGUAGAGGAGCAGAGCGCGGUGGCGCACGCAGACAGACAGACAGAGACAGACAGUGUGGCGAACUUGCCACGAGAUCUGAGCGGACUUUUCUUUUUUUUCUACACUACGAAUUCCCUCCCUUUCCUGUGGCAUUUUUAAAGGACUCUCUAUCAUAUUACCCACUGAACGGGGCUCUGUCGUGUGUGCGCUGAAUGGGAGCGAGCGAAACCAGAAGGAGACCCGGAGAAAUCAGCGGGGAGGAGACAAAUCUGUACGCGGAGAGGAGAGCGUGACUCGCGGCUUGGCUGUGCGUCAUUGCGCGGUAUAGCGAUCCAGGGUCGGCUUGAAGUGAUUCCGAAGGUUUCGUGGGAAGAGGAAUAACUUACUAACUUUAGUGUGGACCUGGAGAAGACUUCUGUGACAUUUUUAACUGAAUCCGAGUAAGGAUAUCGGAUCACAUUCUCCUCCACGCAUGUUGAAAGUGGAGAGAGGAAGGCUGGAUGCCUGCGGCUUUGCGAGUCCUCAAGGCGCAGCCAAGGAUUACACCCAGCCCGGGCAUCAUUUGACGGACUAAGGACGCAUAAUUACCCGUUUCUUCGUGCGCUUUUGGCGUCUUUGGAGAGGAUAUGGCACUGUCGGCGCUGGAGAGAGAAGCGCAGCCGGCACAUGCGAGAGCAAACAGGAGCUGAAUGACAGGAUGCCAGCGACCUGAGCCCGCACUCAGAUCACCACCAGCUUCACUCAAAGAGACACUCACACUUUAUUUCUCGAAUUAAGAGGACAACGAAAUAAUAAUUGUCUUGAAACCUUUUGGAGGAGUUUGUUUUGAGAAUUGUUUUAUGUCCGUAAUUUUACUUUUUCUGGCGAUUAAACAAGGAUGCAUUGUGGAUUAGUCUUUAUCCUGUUCAUGGGAAUCCUCUUGGUGGUCAAGGCUUUCAAAAACGAUAAAUGUGGAGGCAACAUCAGAAUCUCAGCUGCCAGCUAUCUCACGUCGCCCGGAUACCCCAUGUCGUAUCCCCCCUCUCAGAGAUGCACAUGGGUGAUAUCGGCGCCUGGCCCUCACCAGCGGAUCCUCAUCAACUUCAAUCCACAUUUUGAUCUGGAGGACCGGGAGUGCAAAUAUGACUACGUGGAGGUGCGAGAUGGCGUGGAUGAGAGCGGUCAGCUGGUGGGGAAGUACUGCGGGAAGAUUGCCCCCUCCCCGGUCGUGUCUUCGGGAAACCAGCUCUUCAUCAAGUUUGUGUCCGACUACGAGACCCAUGGAGCAGGUUUCUCCAUCCGAUAUGAGAUCUUCAAGACAGGUCCUGAAUGCUCCAGGAACUUCACCUCCAACAGCGGUGUCAUAAAAUCUCCUGGUUUCCCAGAGAAGUACCCCAACAACCUGGACUGCACUUUCAUGAUCUUUGCCCCUAAGAUGUCUGAGAUCAUUUUGGAGUUUGAGAGCUUUGAGUUGGAGCCAGACCCGACACCACCUUCUGGCGUGUUCUGCCGAUAUGACAGGCUGGAGAUUUGGGACGGUUUUCCUGGAGUCGGUCCAUAUGUCGGGAGGUACUGUGGGCAGAACACUCCUGGUCGGAUCAUCUCCUACACUGGCAUCCUGGCACUGACAAUCAACACCGACAGUGCCAUCGCUAAGGAGGGCUUCUCUGCGAACUUCACCGUCAUUGAAAGGACCGUUCCCGAGGACUUUGACUGCAGUGACCCAUUGGGAAUGGAAUCUGGAGAGAUAACAUCAGACCAAAUCAUCGCUUCAUCCCAGUACAACCCCAGCUGGUCCCCAGAGCGCUCCCGACUCAACUACUAUGAAAACGCAUGGACUCCGGCCGAAGACUCCAACAAGGAGUGGAUACAGGUACUGCCUUAG